GGUCUCCCCUAGAUGCUGAUGUAUUUGUUCUAUGCUCUGCCUUUCUACUGUCUGGCUGCCUAUGCCCUCACCUUCCCUGGUUGCUCCUGGCUGCCAGACUGGGCCUUGGUGUUCGCCGGAGCCAUUGGCCAGGCAGACUCCGGGAUUGCAUGGACCUACGGACCUGCCGGGCCAGAACAUUGUGCGCGUGCGCAGUUGGGAAGCGCAGGGGCCGCUCAGCGGGGGCCGCGACCAGGAUGGCGUGCGCUCCGGCGGCCCUCGGUCCCCGCGCGCUCUGGGCGGUUGCCUGCGGACUCCUGAUCCUGGUCCCCGUGCCUGCCGGGGCUCAGAGAGGCAGGAAAAAAGUCGUGCACGUGCUGGAGGGCGAGUCCGGCUCCGUGGUGGUGCAGACGGCUCCAGGGCAGGUGGUGAGCCACCGCGGUGGCACCAUCGUCUUACCUUGCCGUUACCAUUAUGAGGCGGCCGCCCACGGCCACGACGGCAUCCGCCUCAAGUGGACGAAGGUGGUAGACCCUUUGGCCUUCACCGAUGUCUUCGUGGCUCUGGGUCCCCAGCACCGAGCCUUCGGCCCUUACCGAGGGCGGGCCGAGCUGCAGAACGAUGGGCCCGGGGACGCCUCCCUGGUCCUCCGAAAUGUCACCCUGCAGGACUACGGACGCUACGAGUGCGAGGUCACCAAUGAGCUAGAGGAUGACGCCGGCAUGGUCAAGCUGGACUUGGAAGGAGUGGUCUUCCCCUACCACCCGCGUGGAGGCCGCUACAAGAUGACUUUCGUGGAAGCACAGCGUGCUUGCGCCGAACAGGAUGGCAUUCUGGCAUCUGCCGAGCAGCUGCACGCGGCCUGGCUCGAUGGCCUGGACUGGUGCAAUGCUGGAUGGCUACGCGAUGGCUCCGUGCAGUAUCCAGUGAGCCAGGCCCGGGAGGCCUGUGGCGGGGCUGGGAGCACUGGGGCUGGUGGAGGCACCAGCGGGGGCGUGCGCAACUAUGGGUAUCGCCAUAACGCUGAGGAACGCUAUGAUGCCUUCUGCUUCACGUCCAACCUCCCUGCGCUGCGGGGGCCCCCGGCCGGGCGUGCGCAGCCUCGGUUUCCCCGACGCCUCCCGACGCCUCUUCGGUGUCUACUGCUACCGCGCUCCGGGUGCCCCAGACCCAGCUCCAGGAGGCUGGGGCUGGGGCUGGGCGGGCGGAGGAGGUUGGGGGGGAGGAUCAAGGGACCCAGCUGCCUGGACCCCGCUGCGUGUCUAGGACCAUGAGAACUGGCGUUUGUGGUUGUUGGUGGCUGAUCCGGGGGCUCUGCACACCCCCUGGAGACAGACUACUCACCAGAGAUCCCUUGGAUACAUGACACAACUCUGUGGGGAGCUGCAGGCUAACUCAGCUACCUGUGGUCUUUGGACACUGACCACAACUCCUGAGGUCUCCUCGAUACGUGACACACCCCUGCAGUACGCUGCAGGCUGACAUACCUGUUGUGUUCUUGGUCGCUGACUGCGCUGCCCUCUGAGAGACCCUGACGGUGGCCAAGCCCAAAUCUUUGGAUAUUAGAUGUCCCAUCUUCCAGACUUUGUCUAGAAGAGCCAUGCUCUCCCCCAACCCCCAGGAUGCCGGUAGAGCAGCAGGAACCCCCCCACACGGUUUCUGUGGCCUCCUGGAAAGCAGUCCCCCCUCAGUCACCUGGAGGCUGGACCCCCAGGAUUAACUGGAGACUGGCCACACAAACCCCCUGCAUAUCCCAGGAGCUGGGAAACUGGUCUUGGACAGUCAGCUAGCUGUCCACUGAAACAGAAAACUAUGGGUCACUAGGAGAUCUGCCCUGUGCUGACAGGUGACCCAGAGGCUGGGUAUUCCCACUCUUCCAGUGAGUCUUAUUAAGUUUCCAAGGUAACAUGCCUUGUCCCCAGUCACUAUGGAGGACAGCCCCAACACCUCUGGCUUCAUGGGAGAAUUCCCUCAGCUGGCUCCCAUGCCUACCCCUCAGGUAUUUCUCUGGCCAGACAGUACACUCACCUGAAUGUCCCUCCCCAGGCUCCUUGGGGCUGUCACCAAAGAGAUCAUUCUCUCAAACCUCAAACCCCUGAAAUCUCACUUGCUAUAGAGACAUGCUGCUCGGCUUCUUUUUUUUGUUUGUUUUUUGUUUUGCUUUGUUUUUGUUUUUUUCAAGGCAGGGUUUCUCUGUGUAGCUUUGGAGGCUGUCCUGGAACACACUCUGUUGACCAGGCUGGUCUCAAACUCACAGAGCUCCACCUGCCUUUGCCUCCUGAGUGCUGGAACUAAAGGCAUGAGCCACCACUACCCGACACUGCUCAGCUUCUUAAGGUGACCAAGGCCACUAGUGCAGCCUUACCUGUCAUCUCACCCAGUACACCCACCAAAAUGGUACACCCUGCUCUCCUGUGUAACCAUGGGUACCACACUUCCUUUUUCACUAUCCUAGAGACCAGACACCUACCACUCCAUUUCUGGCUGUCCCCACCCUGAUGGACCACUAUGGAGACCGUCUUCCCCACUGAAUGUCCUCAGGGUGACCCAGCAUUAAUUUCUCCAGGACACUCCAUGGGAUCAAGCUGCCCCUUUCCCAAGGUGCACCUCCAGCUCUUCUCAGCUGUCUAAGCCCCGCCCCCAGACAGCUUGGAUCUCACAACUGUUGCCAUGGAGACCAAACUCUGGUGUCCAGGGUAACAAUACCUGUCCCUCCAAGGCUGUCCCUCCAGGGUCUUGUCCUGUCCAGCUGUCGCCAUAGAGACCAUCAGUGUCUCCUUGACAACUGACCUGCAGCUUUCAGGAACUUCUUGCCAUGGGCAGAGUCCCUCUGAGUGGAGUUGCCUACUGUGUUCCUCAGGAGCCUGAUGAAUGUCCCUUCUUCAGAUGGGCCCAAACAGGGCUCUGCUUCUGGAGCAGCUGUCUGCCAUCAUUCAUUUGCACGCUAACUCUAUGUCAGGCAGCAGCUGAGCACAAGCCACCACUGCAACACUGUCCAACAUUUUAAAUUAUCACACCGCAGGUGGGGAAACUGAGGCUGUGGCACUGCACACGGCCAUAGCUUUUCUUCCUUGGAGAUCAAGGAGGGUGGACUGUCCCUGAAACCACCAAUUCAAACAGUUUCUGAGGGCCCAUGUCUGCUCAAGGGUCAGGACCAGCAUCCAAAGACAUCCAUAGACAGAGCCACCCCAGAUGCAGGAGCUCCCAGCUCUGACGUGCUGCUCAGAGCAGCAAGUGCCCUUGUUGGCACCCUCCUGCCUUCAUCCAUCUCUGCAAAACCCACCUUUGAGUCUGGAAGCUGUGGGCUCAAGCCACACCUCUUGUUGUAAAAUGUUUGAUCAAAUGACAGAAUUUGCCCAGGCUGUUUUCCUGUUUUCUUCUCUGGGCCAGGAUUGUUCUGAGGUCCCAGAGUGCAGCCUGCAGCCUGUGUUCAAUAAACCUAUGUUCCUUUUGAUGAAUGAGAAA